AUGGAUGCAGGCGCAAGCCAGGGACUCAACAUCAUUGGCUCAAUCGACUGUAAGGCGUGGGGCGUCCAUGAGUGUUGGGCGGACUCAAAAGUGCAUAUACAUUGGAAGGGAGCAGCGGAGAUAGUCUUGGCCUCGUGUACAGGGUAUCUUGAUUCAAAUGGUUGUGUGCAGUCCAUUGAUGAAGAAAAGGAGUUUUUCAAGACAGCUAUUGAUAACAUGGCUGCAAAUAGUCUGCGAUGUAUUGCCAUUGCAUACAGGUCCUACGAGUUGGACAAAGUACCUUCAGAGGAAGAACAAUUGAGUCAUUGGGCUUUACCUGAAGAAGAACUUACCUUGCUUGCUAUUGUCGGUAUAAAAGAUCCUUGUCGUGAUGGUGUCAGUGAUGUAGUGAAAACAUGCAUGGCUGCCGGUGUUAAGGUACGCAUGGUUACAGGAGACAAUCUUCAAACAGCCAAGGCAAUUGCUUUGGAGUGUGGGAUACUUGAUUCGAUAAAAGAUGCUACUCAUCCUACACUCAUUGAAGGAAAGGAUUUCCGUGCAUUAUCUGAAAGGGAGAGGGAACAAAUUGCCAAGAAAAUAACGGUAAUGGGAAGGUCUUCCCCAAAUGAUAAGCUUUUGCUUUUCCAAGCAUUAGGGAAGGGAGGAGAAGUUGUUGCUGUAACUGGAGAUGGCACUAAUGAUGCUCCUGCACUUCAUGAGGUUUGUUGUCUUUGUGCAAAAAGAAGUUUGUUGUAUUUUCUUAAUAGGAUAUUUGGUGCUUGUAUUUUCCAGGAUAUGAAAUGUCUUGACAAUGUGCUAAAUUUAAUGGAAGAUUGAUAAUUAAUAUUCAUAACUCACAAAUAAUGCAUGUGUGG